AAAAGCCACCUACACCUCUAUCCAUUCAGGAAGAAGCGGGUCUGAUUUGCUUAGCUAGCUUAGAUUGCUAAAGAAAAAAAUCUUUAUAGUGGAAAAAUGGCGUCGGUCAACCCGUUUAAUCUCAGUGAUUCUGAAGAAGAAGCUGAAAGACGGCCUAAUGAAAAAGUUGACACAGAGAGAAGCCCGAGUGACGGGGCGCCAGGGCCACCGCCAGGCAAUCCCUUCUCCCCGCCUGCAGACGUCGAACCUCCGACGCUCCUGCUGUCUAGCAACCGGACAAGCCCCAGUGGUGAGGGCAUCUCGCUGUCGGCCGCGACCAUCUCCGCUAUGGCAGGCACCGCCGAGACACGGGUCUCUGCGGAUGUCAUCGCUGCUCAGCUAUUACGGGAUCAAUACAUUCUAACGGCCCUUGAGUUUCACACUGAACUGUUGGAAGCCGGUAGAGAGCUUCCGCGGCUGAGGGAUUAUUUCUCUAACCCUGGCAACUUCGAGCGACAGAGCGGCACUCCACCUGCCAAAGACCAGGUACUUGGACCUGGAGGACCAUUGAAUCGAGCAGGCAGCAUUAGCACCUUGGACUCUCUGGACUUUGCACGUUACUCAGAUGACGGCAACCGAGAGUCAGACGAACGGGUUGCAGUGCUGGAGUUUGAGCUACGGAAAGCAAAGGAGACCAUUCAGGCUCUGCGCGCCAACUUGACUCAGGCAGCAGAGAGCGAACUGCCCUCUCAGGAGAGAAAAAACCUCAAGACAAGUCCUGAAAUUCAGGAGCCUAUACGCCCACUGGAGAAAAGAGCCUUAAAUUUUCUUGUGAAUGAAUAUUUAUUAAAAAAUGAAUACAAACUCUCAUCAAUCACCUUCUCUGACGAAAAUGAUGAUCAGGACUUUGAGUUGUGGGAUGACGUCGGUCUCAAUAUCCCAAAGCCCCCCGGCCUGCUGCAACUCUACAGGAAUUGUGGCAGCACCCUCUCCUCCCCGAGGGAUAUGGUGGAUGUGUCAGUGGGGGUGGAUUUCGGGGAUCUUCCAGGAAACUGCAUCCCUCAAGAGCCCCCAAAGAAGCCCGACUUGUCGCAACAGCAACAAACAGAAGUGGUACAAGAGUUGGAGUACCAGCUCAGCCUACUUAACAGUGAGAAGCAGAGCCUAGCUGAGCAGAUCAAGAAACUACAGAGUGAGAUUCAGACUCUUAAAAGGUCUGUCUCCUCCCCACCUCCUGCCACACUGGACCUGGGCUCCCAGAAUUCCCCUAAUCCCUCCUCUUCUUCCACCUCCACUGCUUGCCCCACCGACCAUCCCUCUGUGCCUCCGACAGAUAACGGCCAGUAUCUCGACAUCCGAGGGGUCUCAGACGCUGAAAAUGACCAAGGUUCUCCCUCUGCUCAGAACUCAUCACAGCCCCACCUACAGUCCUGUGGCAAAAUCAAGAGUACGCCACGGGUCCAGUUCGAUCAACCAAACAGGAAGUUAUCUCCAGCCUUCCAACAAGCCUUGCUGUCCUUCUGCAGAAUGUGUUCCGACAGCCGCCUUGGGGCAGAGGUGUCUCGUAUAGCAGACAGCGAGGAGAGUGUGAUGCUAAUGCUGGGCCGCUGUCUCCCUCACAUCGUCCCCAAUGUCCUCCUUGCUAAACGAGAGAGAAUGGUUGCACAUCUUUGCCAGGAGUUGAUUCCACUCAUCUUAUGUACCGCAUGCCUUCACCCAGAGCCUAAAGAAAGGGACCAGCUCCUCCACAUCCUUUUUAACUUAAUUAAGAGACCAGAUGAUGAGCAAAGACAAAUGAUCUUGACGGGCUGUGUUGCAUUCGCAAAGCAUGUGGGUCCGACUCGUGUCGAGGCCGAGCUCCUUCCUCAGUGCUGGGAACAGAUUAACCACAAAUAUCCAGAGAGAAGAUUGCUGGUGGCUGAGUCCUGUGGAGCCUUAGCCCCUUACUUGCCUAAGGAGAUUCGCAGCUCCCUGGUGUUGUCCAUGUUGCAGCAGAUGCUUGCUGAGGACAAAGCUGACAUGGUCAGGGAAGCUGUAGUCAAGAGUCUGGGCAUUAUCAUGGGUUAUAUUGAUGACUCUGACAAGUACUCCCAGGGCUUUGAGUUAAUGCUGCUGUCCCUUGGGGACCCAUCAGAACGAGUGGUCAAUGCUGUCCACCAGGUCUUCAUCCCUGCCUUUGCUGCCUGGGCCACAGAACUGGGCAGCCUGCACACUGCACUCAUCCCUUCUCUGCUGACUCGUAUAGAAAAAUUACUCAUGCAGCAAGGAGAACACAGUCUGGAUGAGCACAAGCUACAUAUUUUUCUGUCAGCCCUUCAGUCUCUUAUCCCUCCUCUGUUUGCUGUGGUGCUGCAGAACGCACCCUUCACCAGCAGAGCCAGACUCCAAGGAGAAAUACCUACAAUAGAGGUGACCCGAUUCCCUAGGCCAGCUUCUCCCCUGCAGGAUGUGGCCACCAUCAUCGGCAGCAGAGAGAUGCUAAGUGCACUGCUGCUUCUCUAUGACCACCAGCUAGAGCAUGAAGGAACCACUGGCUGGGACAGCCUGCUAUGGGUGGUCAACCAGUUCCUUCCCCAGCUCAUAGAGAUUGUGGGUCGCAUCAAUGUCACAUCGUCCACAUGUGUUCAUGAGUUUUCUCGCUUCUUCUGGAGGUUCUGUCGCACCUUCGGCAAGAUUUUCACCAACACUAAGGUGAAACCACAGUUCCAGGAGAUUCUCCGUCUGUCUGAAGAAAAUGUUGAUGCUUCAGCGGGGAACGGUAUUCUGACCAAAGCCACCGUCCCCAUCUACGCCACUGGAGUCCUGACAUGUUAUAACCAGGAGGAGGAUCGCAAGCUGUUGGUGGGUUUCCUGGAGGAUGUUAUGACCACGCUGUCUCUGUCUCAUGCACCACUCGACAGCCUGAAGGCCUCCUUUGUAGAGUUGGGUGCUAACCCAGUGUACCACGAACUGCUGCUCACUGUUCUAUGGUACGGUGUGGUCCAUACAUCUGCUCUGGUUCGGUGUACUGCAGCACGGAUGUUUGAGUUGGUUCUCCGAGGCAUGAGUGAAGCAUUAGUUGAUCGCCGGGCGGCUCCAGCCCUUAUAACUCUGUGCAGUGGGCCUGAAUUUUCAGUGAGGAUCUCCACUAUUCCUGCCUUUGGCACCAUCAUGGAGACUGUCACACAAAAAGAGCUAUUAGAGCGUGUAAAAAUGCAGCUGGCAUCAUUCCUGGAAGACCCUCAGUACCAAGAUCAGCACUCUUUGCACAUGGAGAUCAUCAGGACGUUUGGAAGGGUCGGACCUAACGCAGAGCCACGCUUCAGAGACGAAUUCGUGCUCCCACAUCUUCACAAGCUGGCGCUGGCUAACAACAGCCAAGCAGUGGAAAACAAGAGGAUUGACAUCGCCACCCAGCUGUUCGAAGCCUACAGUGCCCUCUCCUGCUGCUUCAUUUCUGAGGAGGUGAUGGUCAAUCAUUUCCUGCCUGGCCUCAGGUGUCUGCACGCUGACAUGGAGCAACUAUCUCCGGAGCACGAGGUGAUUCUCAGUUCCAUGAUCAAAGAGUGCGAAAUCAAGGUGGAAAACAGAGGAAUGUCAGACGCACAAGGAUCUAUAUCCAUUGCGUCCAGUUUGGUGGGUGAGGAUGCCAAGACCAAGUUCCUUAGCAAGAUGGGUCAGCUGACCACUUCCGGCGCCAUGUUGGCCAAUGUCUUCCAGAGAAAGAAAUAAUCCCAGCUCUGACUGAUCAGCCAUGACGACUGACUGACUUCUCUCUUUGGGAGCUUUUUUUGUUUUUCUUUUCACAAGAAAGCAUCUGUUAAGCUUAAAGUAGAGUAAAGCUACAUGUGUAAUCUAUUCAGUUUUGAGAAAUGAGACUUUGCUGGUAACAAGAAAGAUAAAACAUCUUAAGCACAGCAAAGCUACCUGCUACUUGAAGGAGAACAGAAAUGUUUUUUGGGUUUUUUUUUUGCAGUGAAAGCCUGUGAAGUUUUCACCUUUUGCUCCUGUUUCCUCUCCUUAAUCCCUCAUCGUGACAGGAUGAUCGUCACAGACUGGGGAUUUGAUUUUUCCAUGCGAGUCAGUGUUAACAUUGUCAUUUCAGAAACGUAAGGGAGGGGGGAGCCGAGCAUCUUCAAUAUCACCCAACAUGAUAACAAGGAACUUGUUACCUCGACAUUUCUGGACUUUAAAGUAGAAUUUGAUAUCAUUUCCAACACAGUACAUCUUGUUUCAGAAGAGAGUUGCUCGUCUCUAGAAAACAAGACUCUGAGCUAAAGCCUGCUGGAUUUCAAGUAUAAUUUUAAAGGGCGGCAUUUUGGGUCUUGUGGUUCUAAAACAGUCGCGUCAGCUUGCGUGUGUGAGGGAAUAAAUGCAAGACAACAAAAUAAAUGAACCUGAAAAUGGCUGCACACCUGCUGAGGAUGCCUUUUACAGCGUGUCAGCACAGAUCAGACGUUUUGUCUACUUGAAACUAAAAAAAGAAAAAUGGUUUUGCCUUUAUUUCUUUAAAGUCUGUUUUUUGUUUUGAUAGCUUCUAUUUUAUAACUUAUUUAUGUCUUAAUGAAGGAAAACAUACUUUAUUCCAACUUCCAAAGAAAUUUGCACUUCACUUUGUUUUGUUCUCUAUUAUGUUUUUUGUUUUAUUUUAGUCUUCUAAAUAAUUAUCACUACUGUUAUGAGGGUUUUUUUUGUCAAUUUGGGGACGUGAAGUUGAAGAGAACACUGAUCUUAAUUAUUCCUUCUCUGUCCGUUGCAUCUCGUCUGUGUUGCAGUGUCUCAUAUUAUUGUAAUUUUUAUUUUCUAAAGUCUAAAGGGUAUUUAGUCCUAUGUUCUUUUUUUUCUUUUUUUUUUUUUUUGAUAUGCUUAAAGACAAACGGUAAAUAACUGUAUCAUACACUGAACUGAGGAGAGUGGUACUCAUUAUGUAUAUUUGAAAUUUGUGUCAUGGUGUAAUAAAAGAUGGAGAUCA